CUUAACAACACUCUCUGCAUACAUAGUUUCGCUUCAGAGUUUCAUCCUUUUCCUCUGUAUAAACAGUACUCUCAGAUUCUGUUGAUACCAAUAAUACGUGUAUACUUCUCCGGUUGUGAGACUACAAAUAGUAGAAGAGCAAGAGAAGAAUUUUUACAAACUCUAUUUAAAUAUAUUAAUAUAUAUAAUAACAUAGCCACAACAGACCACAUAUGAUAAAUUUAACUCCUAGAAAGGCAUCAAGAAACUCUGUUUCUUCCUUUCCAUCUCCCGAUAGUUUGCCACAACAACAAGAACAAAUAGAAGCCAUGGCAACACCACAAAGUAUUAUUAAUCCUCCUUCUUCAAUUCAUCAACAAUCAUCAGCCUUUGUUACACCUACUUCAUCCUCCUUUAAUAAUGAUAUCAACAGAGAAGGCACAAUGUAUAGCCAAUUUAUGAACACGAAUAACGCAUCCAAUUCACACCAUCAUCAAUAUUCCUUCAAACCAUCAACAACCUCCUCCUAUUUAAAGCCUUUCAUGUCUUACUUUUUUGCUCAUCGAAAGAAUAUUCACGAUAAUCCUUCCAACAAGAAGGGAGAAUCCAUAUGGCCAGAGAGGAUUGUUUACAUCAUUGGUUCCAUCAUCUUUUUCACACUCUCUUCAGUGAUUCUUAUUAAUGUCCUCAACUUUAUGUUUAGACAAAAGACUCUUCCAAAAUCAUCAUCAGCAAAGGAUGUGAUAUAUUUUCUAAUUGGAGAAGUUUGCACAACACUCCUUUUGGUAGUUAUUCGUUUAUUCUUUAACCUGGAGAAUUCUGAUUAUGACCCUUCCAUUACAAAACACCGACACAAGAUUUCACAACAUGGAGCUGAAGUAGGAGUUUUAUUCGAAUAUUUCACUUUGGAAGAAAGAGAAAUAUUGUUCUACUUGUCCAAUGUUUCAAUCUAUCUUAUUGGAUAUGCUACUAAUUCAUUGUGCUAUGCAAUUUUAUUUGAAUUAAUUAUUGUUCAAGCUGGCUCAAAAUAUGGAUUUUUCAAAAAGGAUUUGUUAGGCUUGUGUGUAGUAUUGGCCAACAUAUUUUGCGUAUUUUUGGGAUGGUUUAAUGUGAGAAUGAAUGAUUCUUUGGAAGUUUUUCUCAUUUCUUGUUCUGCUGAUUCAGUACUUCCAGAGGAAAGUGUCUUUAUCCUUCCAAAAUUUUCCGUCUUGCACACAUUAUUCUCAUUCAUUUGA